GAAAAUCACAUAUUUGCAAGUUUUAUCUGAACCAACUUCUUCAUCUGCCUCCUCCUGUUCUUCGCGGUCUCUGCAAUUCUGUGUUUGUGAGAGAAAACGAGCAAGAUGAGCGGUUCCCAGGGAUCGCACUCACUCGCCUUCAGGGUCAUGAGGCUUUGUAGGCCGUCAUUUCAAGUCGAACCUCCUCUCCGCCUCGAUCCGGUCGAUUUAGUUGUCGGCGAGGACAUCUUUGACGAUCCAGAGGCCGCCAACCAACUCCCCCGUCUCUUAGAAGCUCAGUUGUCCGAUAAUUCCGACUCCGAUCUCAGCUAUAGUUCCAGAUUCCUUCUUCAUGACUUCUCUGAUGCUAUGGGCCUCACUGGCCUCCUCGUACUCCCCCAAGCAUUCGGGGCGAUUUACUUGGGCGAGACUUUCUGUAGCUAUAUCAGUGUGAACAAUAGCUCCAAUUUUGAAGUCAGGGACGUUAUAAUCAAGGCAGAAAUUCAAACGGAGAGGCAGAGGAUUCUUCUUUUGGAUUCAUCAAAAUCCCCUGUCGAAACAAUUCGUGCUGGGGGCCGUUAUGACUUCAUUGUCGAACACGAUGUGAAGGAACUUGGAGCUCACACGUUAGUGUGCACUGCAUUGUACAAUGAUGGCGAUGGUGAACGUAAAUAUCUUCCACAGUUUUUCAAGUUCAUGGUUGCAAAUCCACUUUCGGUCAGAACAAAGGUCCGCGUGGUGAAGGAUAGUACAUACUUAGAAGCUUGCAUUGAAAAUCAUACAAAAUCAAAUCUAUUUAUGGACCAAGUUGACUUUGAGCCUUCUCCAAACUGGAAUGCAGUGAUAAUAAAUUCUGAUGAACAUAAACCUACUACAAGAGAGGUAUUCAAGCCCCCUAUAUUGGUCAGGUCAGGUGGAGGAAUCCAUAAUUUUCUUUAUCAAUUGAAAUUGUCAACACAUGGUCCUUCUUCCCCGCUGAAAGUUGAGGGAAGUAAUAUUCUCGGUAAACUUCAGAUAACGUGGCGUACAAAUAUGGGUGAACCUGGACGGCUACAAACACAACAGAUUUUGGGUUCUCACGUUACUCGCAAGGAGCUUGAGUUGCAUGUUGUUGAGAUGCCAGAUGUUAUCAGAUUGGAGAGGCCUUUUACAUUACGUAUGCGUCUCACAACUCAGAUAGAGAGGGAAUUGGGCCCUUUUGAUGUGUGGAUGACACAAAAUGGUCCAGAUGAGGAGAAAGUUGUCAUGGUUAAUGGUCUACAGACAAUGGUCAUACCAAGAGUCGAGCCAUAUGGUUCCACAGAUUUCCACCUGAACCUCAUUGCCACUAAACCCGGAGUCCAGAGAAUCGCAGGCAUGAAAGUCUUUGACACAAGAGAGAAGAAAGCAUAUGACUACCCUUUGUCAGAUCUAGAGAUUUAUGUCGAUUUGGAAUGACAUCUCAGCUCAACUGAUUCACAAUUAUAGAGACUCGGUUCACUUCCUGCAUUGUCUAAGGCGCGCACUGAGAAGUAAACAUCCCAUGAUCUGCAUCAUUCCCGGAAUUCAAUUACCUCGUGGAACCAACGAUCAAGGCCGACACUCAUUCGCCACCAGUAGAGAUGCUCUUAUCAGAUGCUAUGUUACUUCAUUCUCAUUCUUUGGUAGAUUUUGACAAAGAUAAUUGUUCCUUGUUGUCAGAAAGAAGCAACUGGUAGUAAUAUUCUGUCUAACUUGAAGCCCUCCUUGGUUUUGUUUUUUCAAAUGGGAAAGAGGAAUAGGAGUGAAAUGGUGACAAAAAUUGAAAUGACCCUUCCUUGUUAUGAAGAGACGGAUAUGGUUCAUAUAGCCGUACCGUACCAAAUAAUUCUCUUUUUUAAGUUGCAGGCACAGGCAGUGGGGCACAUUUCUAAUUUUGACUUAAUUCAGCUUCAGCAAAUGGAUUUGUAUCAACCAAUCAUUGAUUAUUGUUUCAUUA